AUGGCCUACUCCCAGAGGCCUGCUCAGCGGCCACCUCCCAUGAGGCAAUACAACAGUCCCACGUCGCCGUCAGCGGGCCCUCGGUAUGCGCCAGACGCUGACUAUGGAGAUACACAUGGAAACGGAGGCUAUGGCUACCCUGAUGGAGGAGGAGAAGGAUACGAAGACCCCACAUACAGUUACCAGUCUAGUUCCUCUGGUCCCCAGCCAUAUGGCUCGUCGAAACAACCUCGCUCGAUGCGCUCGCCGCCUGGACCUGGCCCGGGAGGGUUAGAUCCUCGGCGCCCGCCACCCGGACAAAGUCGCUCAAGAACUCCGGGCGGUCGCCCCCCUGGGUUUGAUGGCCCAUUUCCUUCGGUGCCUCCCGGUAGAGACCCCAGAGACCCGAGAGACCGACGGGGCCCUGCCCCUCGAGGAGACCCUCGAGGAGACCCCCGAGGUCUAGACAGAGGUAUGGCAGCGAUGGAUAUUAAUGGCAGAGGACCCCCGCCUCGACCUCACACAUCCAAUUCCAAUGGACGUCGUCCGGACAUGCGCCCACCGCCCCAGCGAGGACCCCCUCCUGGUAGAGGCCGUGGGGGUUAUUAUCCUGGUCCAACUCGAGCUCCCAGCUCUGGAAGGCCUGAUCGUGCCUACACGGAUCCCAAUGGCCCCCCCAUGGGCGGACCAGGUCGAAGCGCGACCAUGCCGCUGAACCCCCCCACAAUGUACCCUGGUCAGGCAACCUAUCAAGAACAGGACUAUGCAAGUGGCUACAUGGGCGAAAUGCCAACCCGUCCGAACACCGCGGGUGGAAUGCGACCUCCACGUCGGCCCGUAAAUGACAUGGACAUGGGAUUAAUGAUCCCGAACGAUCCAGCAAACCGGAUUUCAUAUGCGCCUAAGGAAUUUCUGGACAGCUAUUACGACAAAGAACAUGAUAAAGAGUCGGCCGAUGAUGAGCCCGAUAUGCCCAAUUUUGACGCGAUGCCCUCAGCAACUACUGGGCCGAUGGAUGAGAUGGGACUCGACACUCCUCCAAAGCCAGUACUUCAAACCCCAACUACUCCUACCUCUCCCGCAGGAGGCCAGUAUGCAGCAUAUACUCCAGAGUCAAGCCAAGGAGCUCCUCGCUCUCGAUCUCAGCCUGAUCUCCGCGGCGCGGAUGCUCCUGUCAAUCAGUUUGAAAAUGCCGGCUUUCAGUUUGAUAUUCCAGGAGAGGCCCCACCGAUUCCUGCGAUGUACCCGCCUAAUGGAGGCGGAUAUCAGAAUGGCUAUGAAGACAUGCACAACUAUCCUUCAAAUGGCCAUGUUGCAUAUCCUCCCAACCCUGUCGGUUUUCCUCACGACCAACCUGAGAUCCUAGAACCUCAACAGAACCCCGAUGCUCUUCCAUCCCAUCCAGCGCCUUUCCGCCCUGGGCUUGAUCAAAAGCCAGUCCCGGUUCGCCAAUAUAAUGCUACCCAGGUUGCAGCUCCUGCCUCUGCCCCGACUCCGGCGCAAGCUGCACCGCAGCCGAUGCCCAAUGAGCCAACGGGCCCGAAGCCAGUCACACAUGAAGAAUUGCAGCAAUUACAGCAGAAAGCGAGAGGUAACCCCUCCGACCAGAAGACACAGCUCCUCCUCGCCAAGAAGUUGGUUGAAGCAGCGACCGUCCUCGUGGUUGACAAUAGUCGGCUCGACCCGAAAACAAAGGCCAAGGCCAAAGAAAAGUACGUCAUGGAUGCAUACAAGAUCGUGAAGAAACUUGUCUCGGCUGGCAAUGCAGACGCACAAUUCUACCUCGCCGAUUGCUAUGGCGAAGGUCUUCUGGGAUUGGAGACAGAUGCGAAGGAAGCAUUUUCCCUGUACCACUCCGCCGCAAAGCAAGGUCACGCACAGUCUGCAUACCGUGUGGCAGUGUGUUGCGAGAUCGGCGCCGAGGAAGGCGGCGGUACCAAACGAGAUCCGUUCAAAGCUGUGCAAUGGUACAAGCGUGCUGCGGCUCUGGGUGACACGCCGGCUAUGUACAAGAUGGGCAUGAUCAAUCUCAAGGGUCUACUUGGGCAAGCCCGUAGCCCGCGUGAGGGAGUUUCGUGGCUGAAACGUGCAGCAGAGCGUGCCGAUGAGGAGAACCCUCAUGCGCUCCAUGAGUUGGCGCUGAUGUAUCAGAAUGCUAGUGGCAACGACAUCAUUGUCCGCGACGAGCAAUAUGCCUCCCAGCUCUUCCAUCAGGCUGCUGAUUUGGGCUACAAAUUCUCUCAGUUUCGCCUCGGCACGGCUUACGAAUAUGGUCUGAUGGGAUGUCCUGUCGAUAACCGUAUGAGUAUCAUCUGGUACACUCGUGCGGCCGCCCAGGGCGAGCAUCAGAGUGAGCUUGCGCUCAGCGGUUGGUACCUGACUGGAUCAGAUGGUAUCCUGCAGCAGAAUGACACCGAGGCUUACUUGUGGGCCCGAAAGGCCGCAACUGCUGGUCUCUCCAAGGCAGAGUACGCCAUGGGAUACUUCACUGAGGUUGGAAUUGGCGUCACUGCCAAUCUGGAUGAUGCCAAACGAUGGUACUGGCGUGCAGCAGCGCAAGGAUUCCCCAAGGCUCGGGAGCGUCUUGAGGAUCUCAAGAAAGGUGGCAGCCGUAUGCAAAAGACUCGACUCUCACGCUCUGCGGUUAACAAACAGAGUGAUGGAGAUUGCGUGGUCAUGUAA